CCUAGGUAUCCGGAUAGUGGGUUUCGCGGCAGCAUGGUGGAACUCUGGCUGGUCCGACACGGCGCGACCGAGUGGAACACCGAGGGGCGGUGGCAAGGACAGACGGACGUACCCUUGAGCGCGGUCGGCCAGGCGCAGGCGCUGGCACUCGGCGACCAUCUGCGUGCGCUCCAUGCGUCUAAGCCCUUUGACGCGAUCGUCUCGAGCGACCUGAGCCGCGCCGCCGACACUGCGCGCGCCAUUGGCUCUGCGCUGACGCUGCCCGUUGCACUCGACGAGCAGCUCCGAGAGGAACAGUACGGCGUUCUCGAAGGACACACGGCGGCCGAGAUGCAGGCCGAUCCGAUUCUCCUCGCCGCCUGGAGAGCGCGGAAGGCCGGGCGGCCGAGCGACGGCGCCGAGUCGCGCGCCGACUUUUACGAGCGCGUCGGCGGAGCGCUUGAAGCGCUGCGCCUACGCACCGGGCGUGUCCUCGUCGUGGCGCACGGCAGCUUCAUCAUCAACUGCUAUCGCCACGUACAUGGUCACGCCAUUGGAUCCACCGUCAUCCGCCAAGGCCGCUGCCCUCGCAUCGGGAACACAAGCCUGAGCAUUCUUCAUGGGUCGCCGGCGACGUGGGCCGUCGCACGCUGCCAGUGGGGCCUCACCCCGCACUUGGCGGCCGGCGACAGCAGCGCUAGCCUUCUGGACGAAUAGUUAGUGGAUCCUAUUGACUACAACACGAAUGGUUGACCAUGAGCUAAUGGCGGCUUCAGCA